UUUCGCUGCAUCGUGUGCCGCCUUUUCUCCCCCCCUACACACCCACACCUGGAUUCCAGUGGUGCCCUCGUCCCGUCCUGUGCAAAGAAGGCGGUGGUAGUCUUCGCGACUGGGACACAUCCGGCAGCAGGCUGUCAGCCAGUUCAUUGUCCACCUCAUGGAAAAUGUGGCAGGUGGUCUGCCUGCAGGGGCAGUGGCUGCUGUAUUGAAACCCAGUGAAGGACUACCUGAAGGGAGUCAAACUGUACGUGGCUAUGACUUUGAUUGUGGAUUGGACUAUCAUGCCUUGCUCCAGUCUUACUUCACCACAGGUUUCCAGGCAACCAGCUUUGGGCAGGCUGUGAACGAAAUCAAUCGCAUGAUAGAAGCAAAACUGACUCCUCUGGGUGAAGAUGAAGGAAACCAUGCUGACCUAAAUCCUUGUUCCCGCCGCCUAACGGGCUGCACAGUCUUUUUGGGCUUCACCUCCAAUCUCAUCAGUUCAGGUGUCCGUGAGACUAUCCGCUACCUGGUGCAACACAAUAUGGUGGAUGUGUUAGUGACUACAGCAGGUGGUGUGGAGGAAGAUCUAAUCAAAUGCUUGGCACCCACCUAUAUUGGAGACUUUAGCCUCCGUGGCAAAGAACUACGGCAGAAUGGGAUUAACAGGAUUGGGAAUCUGCUGGUGCCCAAUGACAAUUACUGCAAGUUUGAGGACUGGCUGAUGCCAAUCCUGGACCAGAUGGUGACAGAGCAGGACACAGAGGGUGUGAAGUGGACUCCAUCAAAGCUCAUUGCUCGGCUUGGCAAGGAAAUCAAUAAUCCAGAAUCAGUCUAUUACUGGGCACAAAAGAACAGCAUUCCUGUGCUGAGUCCAGCGUUGACCGAUGGCUCUCUGGGAGAUAUGAUUUUCUUCCACUCCUACAAGAAGCCAGGGCUUGUGCUGGAUAUUGUAGAAGAUCUGAGACUCAUCAAUACCCAAGCUAUCUUUGCCCGAAAGACAGGAAUGAUAAUCUUGGGUGGAGGUCUAGUCAAACAUCAUAUUGCCAACGCCAACCUGAUGAGAAAUGGUGCUGACUUUUCCGUAUACGUCAAUACAGCCCAGGAGUUUGAUGGCUCAGACUCGGGAGCUCGGCCUGAUGAAGCAGUGUCCUGGGGAAAGAUACGCAUGGAUGCCAAGCCUGUCAAGGUUUAUGCUGAUGCUUCCCUGGUCUUCCCACUACUAGUUGCUGAGACCUUUGCACAGAAACCAAAUGCCUUUGUUCAAGAGAAGCAAAAUGACUGAGCCUAAGGCUGCUGCCUGAAGCAUCUUAGCUGUUGGGAACUGCUUGUUCCCAUCCUGUGUAACAUUGCAGUUGCUGGUCACUGCACUGAAACUGUUUGGAGUAUUUAUUUGGGUGGAUGGAUGGUGGUAUUUCAGCUUCUAGAGGAAAAGCUUUUCAUGAUCCAUGUUGAAUAGAAGUUUUACCACACCACUUCUUUCAUAUGGCAGGUAUCUGUUGUUCCACUGUCUCUGUAAUAGUCCUGAACCCACUGAAAAUGCAGGGUUUUACAGGUUUCCCAUAUCCUGUCUCUUCCAUAUAGACCUGGUAUUAUCAGGAAACAUAAGACAUUCAAAAGUAUCCUUAAUUCUGCUACCUGGUGCUUUUCUGAGAGUGGAAUGAGACCAAGAUUCUGAAGUUAGCUUUUUGUCUUUGAAAAACUGGCCCAAGCUAACUCUCUCUGCUCAUAACAUGUCAGUCUCCUGUAUAUUUUAGUUCUUAAAUUGUCUUCCUGCUCCCUUUUAUUUAUUUAUUUGGUUUGUUUGAACUAGAAUCGACUUGAGAAAUCCCUAGACAUCCAAUAAACUGUUAUGGCCCUUAA